AGCUGUGAAGAGUCUGAGCUCCCUGCCAGCUGUCUCAUAUUCAACCACAGCAGACAUAAUUGAGCAGGAGCUCAAGUAUGGUGCACAUAACUACCACCCACUCCCUGUGGCUAUUGAAAAGGCUAAAGGUGUGUUCAUGUGGGACGUCGAGGGCCGUCGCUACUACGAUUUCCUGUCGGCGUACUCGGCGGUGAACCAGGGCCACUGUCACCCACGGAUCGUGGCGGCGCUGAGCGAGCAGGCCUCGCAGCUCACCCUCACCUCACGCGCCUUCCAUAACAACGUACUGGGCCAGUACGAGCAGUACGCCACCGAACUCUUUGGCUACGACAAGCUGCUGCCCAUGAACACUGGCGUCGAAGGCGGCGAAACGGCCAACAAGCUGGCGCGGAAGUGGGGCUACCUUCGGAAGAAGAUUCCGAAAAACAAGGCCAAAAUUGUCUUCUGCGAGAACAAUUUCUGGGGGCGGACCCUGAGCGCCGUGUCCUCAUCGACGGACCCGUCCGCUUACGAACAUUUCGGUCCGUUCAUGCCGGGCUACGAGAUCAUACCCUAUAACGACUUAGAGGCCUUGGAGGAGCUGUGUCGCGAUCCGCACGUGGCCGCCUUCAUGGUGGAGCCGAUCCAGGGAGAGGCGGGCGUCAUGGUGCCGGACGAGGGCUACCUGCGCGGCGUGCGGGACAUCUGCACGCGCCACAACGUGCUCUUCAUAGCCGACGAGGUGCAGACGGGCCUGGCGCGCACCGGGCGUCGGCUGGCCUGUGACCACGAGGACGUGCGGCCCGACAUCCUGAUCCUCGGCAAAGCGCUGUCUGGCGGCGUCCUCCCGGUGUCGGCCUGUCUGGCGGACGAUGACGUCAUGCUGUGUCUGAAGCCGGGCGAGCACGGCUCGACGUUUGGCGGUAACCCGCUGGCGUGCCGGGUGGCGCUGGCGGCGCUCCGGGUCAUGGAGGAGGAGCGGCUGGCCGAGCGGGCCGAGCGGCUCGGCCAGCUGCUGCGCGAGCAGCUGCGCCAGCUGCCCGAGCACCUGGUGCCCGUGGUGCGCGGCAAGGGUCUUCUCAACGCCAUCGUCAUCAAUGACAAGCUGGACGCCUGGGACGUAUGCGUGCAGCUGGCCCAGAACGGCCUGCUGGCCAAGCCCACCCACGGCGACAUCGUGCGCUUCGCCCCUCCUCUCGUCAUCACCGACGACCAGAUCCUCGAGUGCGCCGACAUCAUCCGCAAGACCAUCACCUCGAUGUGAGCGGCGCGGCGGCGCCCGAGGCACGCGCGGAGGCACGCAGAGAUGCUGGCGUCACCGCAGCGUCCGGUCUCACGGGCGCCGUGACGCCGUCGAAGCUGAAACUGGCACGUGGAGGUCAGGUGGCAUCUGAUGUCUCUUUUGGGAUCAUGUACGGUCACAUAAUUACGCACAGUUCAGUCAUCACCAUGGGAACAUCGGGUGCGGCCUGUUGCUCCGACAGCGCUUGGCGGCACUGAUCUGAGUGCUGGUCUGGAGGAUGGGGUUACCAGUGUAACGAUGGUCCAUAUACAGACUGCUGGAAUGUCAGGCUGGUGUCAGGCUUAGGCUGUCGUCCGUUGUGACAACAUUUGUACGGCCGGGCUACCACCUCGGGCGUGUGCUGGCACGGUGCGGAGUGUCACUUUGUGCAGACUGCCUUUUCGCACCCCUGAGACACAUGUAAUCGUCGCUAUCUAACGGAACGUUACACCAAUGGUGCCUUCAGCGUCAUCCAGACGAGAAUAGUCUCGGGAAGUUGUGCUCCUGACUCCUCCACUCCAUCCAAAAAUUAUUCAUGGUUCUAGGCGCAGGCUCGGAAAUUGUCAGCCACCAUCGCUCAGUUUGCCGCAACCGACUCCUUGCUUCACGUUUCUCUCAGGCAUAUUGCAGGAGAAAUAACAGCUGACAUUCUCACUACAACGCAUUGGUUGUGCUAGUUCGUGAGGACUUCCGCCUUGAGGGGCGGGCGUCACUGUUGUUCCGAUACCCACUGCCCUACUGAAGCAUUUGUCUGCCUUCGCACAUUAUCCGCUACGUCUACGAUUUUAAUGGAUUUCAAGAUUUUUGCUCAUCAUACAGGGUGGUCCAUGACAACUUGUUUCUGGGGCAAUACCUAUUAUGGGUGCAUUUCAGCGUGGUGGAUAGUUAUCCCAGAUUAUAUCUCGCCUGGACGGGCCCUUUGUGUGGCGGGGCGCCAUGAUAUGACACUUGCUGUUAAGUCAGGACAUUAUUUUGCUGGGAUGAUGGCCGUAGUGUGCGUCUGAGCUGGUGCCCGCACGGGCUUGGUUGGUUCCAGCGAUUUUUACGGUCUUCAUGAAGUAAUGGUGCAAUAUAACUGACCACCAUGACCUUUUAUGAAGGUCACAAUGCGACCUGGCCGGUCUGCAUCACCUCGACAGGGGCGCGAUUUGAUCCGGCCAAUGGUAUCACCUUGUGGAGGUCAUCGUGUGAUACAGUCGCUCGCCAUGACCUUGGUAAGGUCAGGGUGUGAUCCGGCUGAGCACCUUGACUUCGUAAGGCUCAAUAUCACUGCCGGUGGGGGAUGGU